GAGGAGCGAGGCGGGGAAUCAGCCACAGCCCGCCAGGCCCUUCGUCUCAGGACGGCGUAAAUUCUUGACAACAUUCUUUCAUUCAGCAAAGAUUGGGAACCUAUGUGCCGGGCUCGUGCCAGACCCCCGUCUCUCACCUCAUGGAGCCCACAGCCCAUUGAGGACGACCGGGUAGUAAAUAACGAAGCACUAAAACCCUAUAAAAUCACAAGGAAAGAAGAGGGUCGCAAAGAAAUGAACGGGGAACUAUUGGAAUAUCGGGACCGACCUCCUUUAGAUCGAUGUCUGGGAAAGUCAUUUCCGAGCAAGUGACCUGAACGGUGAUCUUGAGCAGCUGCUCUGGGCCGAGAUCUCGGUGUAUCUCCCUAGCUCCUCGUUCAGGAGCCCUGCGGAGGCUCGGCUGGAAGGCCCCGGGCGGGGGCGGAGCCAUCUUCUCAGCAAAACCCGGAAAGCGGAAGCCGAGGCCCGGCUGCACCGUGGUCUGCGGAGCUGCAGUUGCCCAGGUCUCGGCCGGCUGAGUCACGGCCCUGCCGGGCCCGGCCUAGCGAGGACGCGCCCCCAAGCAGCUGCCAGCCGAGCCCUGGGGGCUCUGCACUUGACUUUUCCAGUCGGGCACAAAGCCUUUUGCCGUUGCCGUGGCGACUAGCAACCUGGCGAAGACCCCUUUCACUUUCUAUCCCCCUCCUUUCCCAGUUCCUUCUUUGCUUAUUUUGGGGUCAGUCCGAUGACCCUAUAGGUCUGGCUAGCAGGGCGCCGGCUCUCUGGCAACAGACUGCCCUCCUCCGGGCGCUGGGCGGCCGGCUACUUCUCAGGCUGGGGCGGCCUCGGCAGUCUCCAUGGUAACGGCCCCGCCGGCGUCUCAGCCUGGGAGGGAAGAUGCUGCCUGCCGGGCCCGCUCCCUUGCCCCCGGCCUCACGGCCGGGCAGGGGCCACUGAGGAAGAAGGUCCCGGCCGCCGGACUUCGGGGCAGGGGGCACCAGUGAAAUCCCAUUCUCUGGCUGGAGACACAGAUGGCCUCAAAUGAGAGAGAUGCUAUAUCGUGGUACCAAAAGAAGAUUGGAGCAUAUGAUCAGCAGAUAUGGGAAAAGUCGAUCGAACAGACUCAGAUUAAGGGCUUCAAAAACAAACCAAAAAAGAUGGGUCACAUAAAGGCAGAUUUGAUUGAUGUGGACUUAAUCAGAGGCUCAACAUUUGCCAAAGCCAAACCUGAAAUUCCGUGGACGUCUCUGACUCGAAAGGGGCUUGUUCGAGUUGUAUUGUUUCCAUUUUUCAGCACUUGGUGGAUUCAGGUUACCUCUUUAAGAAUCUUUGUUUGGCUGCUGCUGCUUUACCUCAUGCAAGUUAUAGCUCUCGUGUUAUAUUUUCUGAUGCCUAUUGUGAAUGUAAGUGAAGUCCUUGGACCCUUGUGCCUUAUGUUACUCAUGGGAACUGUCCACUGUCAAAUCGUGUCUACUCAGAUCACAAGGCCAUCAGGGAACAAUGGAAAUCGGAGAAGAAGAAAGUUACGAAAAACAGCAAAUGGUGAUGGGAGCCGAGAAAAUGGAAAUAAUUCCUCUGAUAAAGCCAGAGGAAUAGAAACUUUGGAAUCUGCACCCUUUAAUGGUGGCUUUUGGGGGACUCUCUUUGGCAACAGGAUUAAAAGAGUAAAAUUAAUAUGUAACAAAGGGACGGAAACUGACAAUGACUCAAGUUGUUUACAUCCUGUCAUCAAGAAGAGACAGUGUCGACCAGAGUUUAGAAUGUGGCAAACAAGAGAGAAAGCAAAAUUUUCAGAUGGAGAAAAGGGACGAAGGGAGUCUUUUAGGCAUUUGGGUAAUGGGAUUUCAGAUGAUCUGUCAAGUGAGGAAGACGGCGAAGCCCGGACACAGAUGAUGAUACUGCGGAGGAGCGUGGAAGGGGCCUCGAGUGACAAUGGUUGUGAAGUUAAGAAUAGAAAAUCAGUACUUUCAAGGCACCUAAACACUCAGGUAAAGAAAACCACCUCCAAGUGGUGUCCUAUUAUGCGGGAUUCAGAUAGUCUGGCUGAAUCAGAGUUCGAAUCAGCUGCCUUCAGUCAGGGCUCUAGAUCUGGCAUGAGCGGUGGUUCUCGAAGCCUCAGCAUGUCGCGAAGAGACUCGGAGAGCACCCGCCAUGACUCGGAGACAGAGGACAUGUUGUGGGACGAUCUGCUGCACGGCCCCGAGUGCCGGUCGUCGGUCACCAGCGACAGUGAGGGGGCCCGUGUGAACUCCCUUCACUCGGGGACCAAACGCGACCCCAAAGAGGAUGUUUUUCAGCAGAACCAUUUAUUCUGGCUUCAGAACUCAAGCCCUGCAUCUGAUCGCGUUAGUGCCAUAAUCUGGGAAGGGAGUGAAUGCAAAAAGAUGGAUAUGUCUGUGCUGGAAAUAAGUGGCAUCAUCAUGAGCAGGGUCAAUGCAUAUCAGCAAGGAGUCGGUUAUCAGAUGCUGGGGAAUGUCGUCACCAUCGGAUUAGCAUUUUUUCCUUUUUUACAUCGACUGUUCCGUGAGAAGAGCCUUGACCAGCUAAAGACCAUCUCAGCUGAGGAGAUCUUGACUCUCUUUUGUGGGGCACCACCUGUUACGCCUAUUAUUAUUUUGUCUAUAAUUAAUUUUUUUGAACGAUUGUGUCUUACUUGGAUGUUUUUUUUCAUGAUGUGUGUGGCAGAGAGAACAUAUAAACAGAGAUUUUUAUUUGCAAAACUCUUCAGCCAUAUUACUUCUGCCAGGAAAGCUAGGAAGUAUGAAAUACCUCAUUUCAGACUUAAAAAAGUAGAGAACAUUAAGAUAUGGUUAUCACUGCGUUCCUUUCUAAAGAGACGGGGCCCACAGCGUUCAGUGGACGUGGUUGUGUCUUCAGUCUUCCUACUGACACUUUCCAUUGCUUUCAUUUGCUGUGCGCAGGUUCUCCGGGGACAUAAAACUUUCCUGAAUGAUGUUUAUAAUUGGGAGUUUUUGAUCUGGGAAUCAGCUUUACUACUUUUCUUACUGCGCCUAGUCUCAUUGGGGUCUGAAACCAAUAAGAAAUACAGCAAUGUUUCAAUAUUACUUACUGAACAGAUUAAUUUAUAUCUUAAGAUGGAAAAAAAGCCGAAUAAGAAAGAACAGCUUACUCUAGUAAACAAUGUAUUAAAGCUCUCCACCAAAUUGUUGAAAGAGUUGGACACACCGUUUAGACUCUAUGGACUGACGAUGAAUCCCUUAAUCUACAACAUCACACGAGUCGUUAUCCUCUCUGCUGUCUCAGGUGUUAUCAGCGAUCUUCUAGGAUUUAAUAUACGACUGUGGAAAAUUAAGUCAUAAGCUGAGCCAUGUGCCUGGACUCUCUCCCCUUGCUGGCGUCACUGCUUAACCCAUUAAGGAAAGAGAUGACUGCAAAACCAUGAGAUACCCACCUGCUUGUUCACACACAGAGGUGCCCUCAGCUCUGCCUAAUCUAACAAAUGGUGUUUUCAAAGGAACAGAUCCUUUUCCAGCUGGGCGUGCAGGCUAAAAAUCUGUGUUUGUUUUUUUUUCAUGGUUUUCAAAUAGUAUGAAUAGUCAGGAGACUGAAGAACUGUUGUGUUAUAGAAAUGUAAGAGCAACUUUUUCAGUUAGGAAAUUUAUUCUGGGCAUUUCAGUGCUGUGACAGUUAUAUUUAUGGAAAUAGACUUUUGGGCAACUAUGGUAGACACCCAAAGCAUGAAGCAAAUAUUCUUUAUUGGAAAUAUGCAAAUUCAGUACUUUUUUUUUUUAUAGUCUAUGGAAUUGGAGAUUUCACUUCUCUAACAAAGAGAAAUCAAGUUUAAACUAUUUUAGGUUGAACCCAAAUAAAAUAACUUUAUUGGAGAGUUUCAGUUUCUAGGCUUUUUUGUUAUUGAAAGAAAAAAAUAACUUUUUAAACUGAUUUUCUGUUAAGCUCUGGGGAAAAUUUGAAUUAGUUUUUAAAGUUAAUCCUAUAGUUAAUUGUAUAGUUGUUGGUGAAAGAGUCAUGCAUAUAAUAUGGCAAACUUAAGUAUGUGACACUCAUGCAUGUCCACUGUACAGCGUUUUCCAUUUAAGUCAUAUGAGCUGUGUUUUCCAUCACAGUUAAUGGUUUAUCUGUUGUAGGACCUGACCUAACGUAUUCAACCCUCAGCACAGUCUCAGGUCCUGGGUGUCGGCACUGAGCCAUUAAUAAUUGGAGCCUCCCAUCAGCAUCCCCCUAUUACACAUCCUGUAACACAUACAUAUGUUAAUGAAAACUAGAGGUCCGCAUAUAAUUCCUGCUCAUUAAGUUACCUGCUUUGAAGAAUCCCCUCAGGCCAAUUGAAAGCCCAUAUUUUAAUGAUAAGAUUUUAUGAACUUUUAAAUGGAAAUAAUUAAGAAACUUGGUUAAUACAUGCAAAGUAUGUACAGGUACAAUCACUGUAUCAUUUACAGAUAUCCCAAUAUACAAGAGGAUUUUUGGGUUUAAAGAUGAAUUUCUCAAGUCUAGGGAUUGAGGUCAGACUUUUCUGGAUUCAUAUCUUUGGUUCUGCCACUUAUUAGCUUUAGAGUCUAAGGCAUGUUAACCUGUUUGCAUCUCAAUUUCCUUACCUGUUUAAUGGGGAUAAUAACCACCUAAUAGGGCUGUUAAGGUUAAAAGAGAUUAUCAUGUAAAGUACUUAACACAGCAUAAAGUACUUAGCCCAUAGUAAAUCCACAGUAAACAUUUGUAAUUACUUAUGAUUUAAGCUCUUUAAAAAUCUUUUGCUAGAUUUUGCUAGAUAGAUUCCUAACUGUGAAGAUAGAAACAUAGCGGGAGUUCCCGUUGUGGCGCAGUGGUUAACGAAUCCGACUAGGAACCAUGAGGUUGUGGGUUCGGUCCCUGCCCUUGCUCAGUGGGUUAAGGAUCCGGCGUUGCCGUGAGCUGUGGUGUAGGUUGCAGACGCGGCUCGGGUCCCAAGUUGCGGUGCCUCUGGUGUAGGCCAGUGGCUAGAGCUCCGAUUAGACCCCUAGCCUGGGACCCUCCAUAUGCCGCGGGAGCGGCCCAAGAAAUAGCAAAAAAGACAAAAAAGAAAGAAAAAAAAAAAAAAAGAAACAUAGGGGGCAAGGUUGCUGAACUGGAAGUACAUUACCCCAAAUUUGCAGCCACUCUAAAUGCUGUGUGAGGGUUGACAUUGUUUUUUUGUUGAAGGUAAAACCCCAUUAUAGUGGCGUACCUUAAGAAGGAACUCUUCUGUAAAGGCACUGCGGCAUCUCAGCGGGUGGCUCAUAGAAAUCAUGCUUUAACUGUUUUCCAUAAGGAACAUUAGCAACUAUCUCAAAUCCAAGACUGAGCUUUUCAGUACAGAUUUCAGAUGAAGAAAGCUGAUGCCUUUAUCUUUUGCCCCACAAAAAAACGCUGUUCUAUUUUUAAUUGAUUUUUUUUACACAGUGAAUUCUCACGUUAAAUGCACUAUUUAGAAUAAUUUACUGUUGUGAGUUGCCUCAGUUAUGGUUUUGAUGGUGUGUAAUUGGCUUAAAUGACUUUUCAGGGGGGUAAAAUUACAUGUCUGUAUAGUUGUUCAUGUCAGAAACUUGGGAAUCAUUUUUGACUCUUGCUUCUUAUACCUCACAUCCAUUUGCCGAGAUUUUGAAUAAUUACCUUCUAGAUAUUUUUAUAAUCAGUCAGUUCUUCUCUAGCCCUCUGCCCCUGCCCUCAUCUAAGUCAGUAUCCUUUGUUUUUGAACAAGAUUCCAAAACAAGAUUUUGAAAAGAUGAUGCUUUUCUGCUCUUGCAUAUCGUGGCCCCUCUCCCCCAUUCCCAUCUGUUCAUCUCAAAAGCUAAUGUUGUCUUUUCUGAAAUGCAGGUCUUAUCAUUUAGAAUCUAUUAAUCUACUUAGAAGAUAAAAAUUCAAAAUCUUUUUAGUAAGGUGUAUAGAGAGAAAGAUUUUGAAUCUCUAUGUUUGAAGGACAUUUUGCUAGGCAUAAAAUUGUAGUUUUAAAGAUACGGUUGCUGUAUUGCCUCUUGGAUUGCACUGCUUUUGUCAAGAAGUCUGCUGUCACUCUUUUCACUUUCUUCUAUAUGAAAUGUCUUUUUUUAAAAACUCCGGUUUUAAGGUUGUCUUCUUUUUCAUUGAAUUUGUGCUAUUUAAUGAUAAUGUGCAUUGCUGUAGUUUUUUUCCCUUUUUUUGGUCUUUUUAGGGCUGUACCCACAGCAUAUGGAGGUUCCCGGGGUAGGAGUCUAAUUGGAGCUGCAGCCGCCAGCCUCUACCACAGCUGCAGCGAUGCUGGAUCCUUAACCCAUUGAGUGAAGCCAGGGGAUUGAACCUGAAUCCUCAUGUAUACUAGUCAGUUUCAUAACCUGCUGCGCCACAAUGGGAAUUCCCUGUUAAGUUACUUUUAUAAUUUGUUGUUUUGGGGAAAAUUACCCCUUCUAAAACUGCUUUGGAGGUAUAACGUCAAACUUCCUAAAUAUACAUUAUGCCUCAUCUAUACUAGAAACGCUUUGAAAAGUUUAACUAAAUCCUUGCCUAAUUAGGGUAUGAUUUUUCUUGACUUUCAGAGACAAGUAAAAAAAUUCUAAAUACCAGGAUAUGUUACAAAGUCUAAACUUAUAUGGCUGUGUUUUUGUUUUAUUGUAUCUAGAGGUAAGUGAACCUGUGCACUGUAAAAAUAAUCUUUCAAAUUAGUAUAAUUCACUUUUGAAAUUUUUUAUAUAUGACUUUAUAAUGAGCCAAAUCGGUCUCACUACCAAAUAAGAGUGUGCGCUUUGGGAUUAUCAAGAAGUAAAUUCAUUAAUCUCAUCUGUACGUGUAUUGACUAGUUUGGUCAUUUAAAAUAAUCCUUUGCUUUUUGCAGUUAUUGGUGCCCAUCUUGAAUAAUGAAGUUUGAAUUUCACAAAUUGCAAUAAUCCCCUCCCUUUCCUGCAGCACAUCCUGAGCCCAAAUGCUGUAAUACAGUCUUAUUCAAGGUAACAAAUAGUUAUUGUUUACCAAGGACAAAAUAAGCCUCUUGGUUUCUGUAUUUGCUUACAGUUCUGCUUGACUUUGAUGCAAACAUUGUAAAAUAGACAAAUACCCAUAGUAGUGUUUGGACAAAUAUAGGUUCAGGCCAAAUGAGAACACACUUGGCGAUGUUUUUGUUUUGCUUUUUUUCUUUUUUUGUCAUGGCCAUGGCUUUCAGAAGUUCCUGGGCCAGGGAUCAAACCUGAGCCACUGCAGCGAUAGUUGCUGAGUCCUUAACUGCGAGGCCAUCAGGGAACUCCCUAUGUUUUUGUAUUUUAAUGUAUAUGUGAGAAAGGUUCGGAGUUCUUUAGCAGAUAAAUUCUAAUCUUCAUAAGCCCUUCAUACUCCCGUCUUACUCUUAAGGGUCUCUUUGUAUAGCAACACUGAAAACAGAGUCACCUUAGUGGGGAUCUUAAACUGAUUGAUCUAACUGAAGCAAAGAUUGUAGAGUUCAUGUAAUUAUGGCAUGCUUUAAACCAGUCACACACAGCAUUGCUGCUAAACCGCCAUAGCAUGACCGGUCGAGAGCUGCCUAAAUAAAUAAAUCUGCUAUUGUUUGAAAAGCACAAGUAGGCCUUAGCAUUGGAGCAUGCCAGGAUGAUGUAAGGCGUUGCUUUGAUGUAUUCUUGAUGCCAGACUGAAACAUCACGUUUUGAAACUCGUCUGUUUUCAACCAGUGUUGCUUAGUUGCUGGAGCUCGCUCUGGACCAGACUUCAGCUUAAACACAUCUUUGUGGAGGUCAAUAGUUAAGCUGUGUGACAGUCUUAACUAAUUUGAGGACUCCCUGCUUUCUUAAAACCCAAUUCUCUUUGAAUGUUGGACACAUUAAACAUGAACUCCUUCAUUUGUUUGUUUAAAUGCAAGUAACUUUUUCUACAUGAGACUUUUAAAAAAUAAUCCAGAUAUUCUCAUGUAGAAAUAAAGCCAAAUGCUUUUCUUUGUCCAAGACUUCUGAAAUAGGAGUUGACGCUGUGCAAAAGCUACUUGGUCCAAAUAAUUUGAUAGAAGUAGGUUAGAAGAAGAUUAUAGGAUCUUCCUCACUAAUCUCUCUAGGGAGACAGUGUAAUCGCCUCCCAGAGCUUUUUUGCCAUUGCGAUCAGUAGGAAAAUAUGUCCAUUGAAACAACUAAAUGAUCUUGCUGCCACCCUGCCGGCUUUGCUGUGACACACAUCUCCAUGGUGGGGCUUAGGAGCCAGGGGUUUGGGGUUUAUUUUCAGUGUGCGUUCGCUGUGUGAUAGAGAGGAAUUAACUUUCCUCCUUAAGAAUAUUAAAUUAACCUCGGCCUUGAAAUAGGUCUUAGGCAUUAUUCAUACCAGGAAAUUUAAGUGAAGUCAAAACACUUCGUUCUACAAGUAAGUACAACCCAUAGUAAGUAAAAUGAUUUAAAAAUAAUGUAACGUGUGAAAUGUCAUAGUCUGAUGACAGUGACGUAAGAGUUUGUGACCUUAUGGUAACCUAACUUACACAACUUUGUCCAUCAGAAAUGUCUAAUAACAAAAGACAAGUCCUUUACUGUCCCCGACAGUAUAAGAAAGGACUUUGGAGGUAGCAAAUUAUUUAUAAGGCUCCUUUCCUUAAAAUGAAUGGUACAAAGUAGAUAUAAUGAUAUUCAACUCAAACUAAUUUCGAGCUUUACAUAUAGAUAAAAGCCCAGCUAUACAAGGCAAGCCAUCCUUCUAGGCGGCUUCCUGAUGGUGGGGCUAUGAAUGUUUGUUACUUGCAGGGAUAGAAUCUAUUUGAGAACUCAGACAGUGAUGAGACUCAGCUUUAUGAACAGAAGCAGCAGCAACAUUAAAUAAACCUGACAGUAAAAGAAGUGCAGGCCAUGAGCUGAUUUUUGUUUUUUUUUUUAAUAUCUAUAUAAAAAAUAACGAGCGAUUUACAGAUCUUUCUCUAAUCGGAACCUCAAGUGUAUAUAUAAAGGUACUGUACAAUAUAUAAACAUUUACAACCAGUACAUCCAUGUUUUGCUUAGCAUUCCAAGGCCACAUUGCUAAGUCAGUAAGGAAUCAGUACAGUGACAAGUUACUUGGAAAGGAAAGAGCCACAUCUGACUGACAAUGUAUGACAUCAAAGUUAUGUCACAGUUAACCAUUAAAAAUAGGAUUUUUAUCACUAAUUGUGGACUAUAGGGAAAAUAAAUCAUUUUUGUGGUACUAAAUUCUUAGCAUUUAUUAAGCCUUCUAAUUUUUCUCUAUUCAAGUAGUGACAACAGGUGGGUAAAUAUAGUUCUGGAUGAAAACGGGAUUUCAAAAAUCUCACGCUGGGAAGCAUGUCUUAUCUACAGGGGCUGAUUCAGUUGUUAUAUUAGAGACUUUCACAGUCAGACUCUGAGAGGGACGAACCUGGACAUGAUGCGUUUCACAAUAAUGAGAUGAACCCGAGGUGACAGGACGAGUGUGUUCAGAUACUCCAGGAAAUGGCUGUAUUCUGAGAAUGUCCCUUUAUUUAUAGAUGCUACUGAAUGCUGCUUCCAGGGGCUAAGAAACCUGGGUCUAUUUUAUGGAGUUAAAAACUGUCUCCACCUCCCAACAAACAUCUUUAGACUUUAAAGAAAGAAUUCUGAAAAUUUGUGUAAGCUAAGCAGGUGCUUCGUCUCCCUUUCUUAUUUUUAAAUAAGUUAAUGUAGCUAGAAAUUGAAAUUGGAUCUAGCAGGGGCUGUCUGCCGUCACAUUUGUCCUCACGUGCUGGGCUUGGCUACACGGUUCUGCUUGGAAACACCCGACUCUGUGCUGCUGCUGCCAGAUGAGGAGGUCCUUCAUCUGGCAACAGACUGUGAAACUGGCUUCAUGAUUAAGUCCCUCCUCAACUAUGUCUUAGUGACUGGUGCCUUAGUAGUUGGUACAAUCAAAAUAGCCAGAGAUGGAAAUUUGGUAGUUUUUCUUCAAAUAGCAAGGGGCAAUAAUUCCACAUGCUUCUUUGUGAUUUCAUCCUAAAAUAACAGAAAUAAAAGGGUGACCUGAGAGGCUGUAACACGUUAGGGUUGGAUAACCUAGCAGGAGGUGAACUCUUUCUCAUUUGAACAUUCAUUUGUAAGUAAUAUCUUUAAGUUCCUUGAAAUACCUUAGCCAGCCGAAUUAAAAUAAACAACCAUCAGAAAGUCAAUAUUUAACUACGUUUUUUUUUCUUUUUUUCUUUCCAGUAGUGAUGUUUGGAAGUUGUAUUUUUAAAUGGGGACAUCAUCAGUAGCUGUCAGAAGAGGCUGAAGGCCAUCCUUAAUGAUGAAUUCACAAUCUCUUCUGCAAGGGCUCAAAUAUUUCUCUCUUGUAAACAUGCAACAUGCUAUUGAGAAUAUCAACUUCCAAGCCAAACCUAGUUUUUUCAUUACUGUGGAAAUAGCCGAGUGAGAAGGAUAGAAUAGACAUGAUACAGUAGAUAACUUGGCACAAAUAUAAAGUGAGUUGUGACCUCGUCGUCAGUGUCAGCAUGUCGUUCGUUCAGACACUCGGGAGGACAAGCUGGGCAGCUGAGCAGGACACGUCAGAUGAGUGCGUAGGGGCAGCUCCUUCCUGAGUGCAAGGCGGGCAGCCAGCCGGGGACAGUGGGUGCUUAGCAAUCCUAAAGGCCCCUCAUGCAGCCUAGGUAACUUGAUGCUCAAGUUAAAAUGUACUAUGUUUCAGAAUUUCUGAAAAAAAUGAUUUUUUUUUUUUUUUUUGCUGGGGUGGGCAGGGCUGUGAAUGCUGCUUUUUAGGAAGAUUACAACUUGUUUUUCUUUGUUUUAUACUAAAGGUCACAACCGCUUCUCGGCCACACCCGUAGUGCCUGUGGCUCUGCUUGCACUUGGCACCUUCCAGGGCCCUGGAGUUAUUGGUGUUUUCUUAGCUGGAGAACCGCUUUCAGGCACAAUGUCCUUUAAUUCUUCUGCCUUUUCGCAUAUCUGAACUCUCAUUAAAGAUUCUUCAGUUACUGGCACCUGAGACUCUUCAAAUAUGGAAGCAGAAUGUGAAGAUGGGGGAAAUGAUGACUGUUCAUCAUAAAUCACAUUUGAAGACGAAGGAUUAUUAACAUCCCAAUCACCUAAAAAAAGUGAUUUGAGUAGAACAUCAAUCAUUAAAUUUUGAAUUAUAAACAGGAACAGUUAAAUUUUGAACUUUGACAGCCAUAUGAAUUGUACUGACUAAACAGCCCAAGUAUUUUAUAAAUAAAGUUGAUCUAUGUUUUCUCUCUCUCUAUAAAGGCAGAUGUAUACCGACAGCUGUAGUUAUACAUGAAGGGUAGGUUGUUUUAUAUAUACCCCAAAUAACAGUAUCAUCUUUCAAUUACUUUUGUUUAAUAAAUGAGGUAAUAUAUGAUGUGUCAAUUCUUUAUAAGUAGUAAAAAAGCCCAAUGAAAAACUUAAAUAAUUAAAGUGGACCAAAUUACCUGGUCCAAAUAGCUUACUGAUUUAGCUAUUAUUGCUGGAUAGUUCAAAAUCACUAAUAAAGGAGACCAAGCUGUGGUAACCAGAAUGGAGUUCAUGGGCAUUUGUACAUAAUUUUCUUGCAUUAAGCUGUCAAAUUUAAUGUCAAAAGGAAACUGAAAAAGUGCAGAAGACAGAAGUAGAUGUAUUUAAUAGCAUCAUUUUUAAUUAAAAAGAAAAAAAAAAAAAGAAGGAAGUGAUUUACAAGACAUGCAAAUUUACCAAGUCUUUUUAAGGAAAGACCAAGAAAAGCCCUGAAAGCCUUAAUGUUGCUCAGGUUUCACGUAGGAGCACAGACCGGAAGGAGCCAAACCUGAAGAAGGAAGAGAAAAAGCCUAGGACUGUGUAAAAAAAGAAAAAAAAAUCACAGUGCAGUUAGCAAAGAUGUCACUGGGGACGUAUGAUUUACAAGCAGAUGGUGGAAGAUAAUACAGUCAGAGGAUCACAGGCUGGAAGGGCACUGUAGGAGGUCAUGGCUACUCUUAUCCCUCAAAAGCUCUCUGGGGGGAAGGGAUGGAAACUAGAAGGGACAAGUGCUAAGUGGUGUAUUUUAUCUCCAGACUACUGCACUCAUUGAAAGACACUGACUCUCAAAUACUGUGAUAUUUCCAAAACACAUGCUGAAACCAAGCAAUUAAUCAGAUCAGUCCAGGAGUACAGGUAUGGCCCCAGGUCCAACUCCUUGUCUCCAAGUAAGGCCAUAGCAACUAAUUUUUGACAAGUGACUAGAAAAGCCUAAAGUUCUUAUGCUGCUCAUUACGGAACUUAUCAUACUAUUGGGGGGAAAAAACACCUGAAAAGAUUUCAAAUGCUUUUUUAUGACAUUAAAAUAAUUUGUCUCUAAUAUUCUUGUUCUUUACAGCAUAUUUUUCUAUACAAGCAACUGUUUUCUGUUGAAACUAGUUUUGUAUAUAUUCUAUACUAACCAAAGUCCUACAAAAAGUCACUUAUUUUGUAAUAUUAUUAUUUAUAAGAGCUAUGCUGUGUAACUAACUGUAGGUGUUCUGGUGGUUACCUUUGAAUGAGCUAGUAAACCAUCUGUCUCCUCCAAAUAGAUAUUCCUUUUCCUUCUGCUGCUGCUGCCCCCUCCCUGACACCCUCUCAGCCUUUCAGCAACAGGGGAGCUCCUUCACUUACCAUGGUCAGGUAUCAAGCCAGUUCCUGGCCUCAAAAGAAGAAGAACUUUAUUUCCACCGGCCUGAAUGAGCUCAAUUGCUCGAGUAUGUGUGAUGCCUUGAGUAGGUUCCCCAUUGAUUUCAACAAUCUGGUCACCAACCUAGACGGGAAACAUUCACAGAAAUCACAUGCAACUCCGCAUCCUCCUUCAGAGCUGCUCUAUGGGCUGUCAACCCUGGAGUCCCUCCCACCCCGGCCCCAGCUCCACGGAAUGACUCUCUCCUGUCUGUGAAAUAUUUCGCUCAUCCACGGUGCUAUCAUGCUCACGGAGAGGAGGAGUGGACAGACGGCAGCAACAGGAAGAGACAAGGUCCAGUUUUAUUUACUCUAUAAAUGUUUCUAUGACUAGUAAGCAGUUCCUGGGCAUCUUGAAAUCCAGAAUUCAAUCCUAAUUAACCUUAACCUGAGGUUAAGUGGUGGAAGAGGUGAAGGCUCUAUGACCAACAUGAUGCCAGGGGGCUGCCUGAUUAAUCCACGUGUGAACUUGAGCUGAACAUCCUAAAACCCAGGCAGGGAGCUCCGUGUCUUGAAGCCUUUCCUGGCCUCCAGGGAGAAGUGUCCACUCCUCCCUUUGCGUUGCCACUAUGUAUAUGAGGCAGUAGAUAAACGAAAUACUUAUUAAAACUGAGAAAUUCAGCUUGGAGAAUAUACUGCUAUGAAUACUUAUUUAAAACCAAAGCUGGCUUAUACUUCCUAACUUUAUAGUAAGUUCCCUAGAAAACAACUAGAGAUGAGAACAAGAUCCCUCAGAACCCCACUGCUAUUUACUGGAAAUGUCUCCAGUUUGGAAAAAAAAAAAAAAAAGGAAAAA